CGGUGGGCGGGGGGAGGAGGCGGCCCUAGCGCCAUUUUGUGGGAGCGAAGCGGUGGCUGGGCUGUGCUUGUGUUCGUCGUUGCCUCGGUGUUCCUGUCGGGCUUCCCAGCAGCGGCCUAGCGGGAAAAGUAAAAGAUGUCUGAAUAUAUUCGGGUAACCGAAGAUGAGAACGAUGAGCCCAUUGAAAUACCAUCGGAAGACGAUGGGACGGUGCUUCUGUCCACGGUUACAGCCCAGUUUCCAGGGGCAUGUGGGCUUCGCUACAGGAAUCCAGUGUCUCAGUGUAUGAGAGGUGUCCGGCUGGUAGAAGGAAUCCUGCAUGCCCCAGAUGCUGGCUGGGGAAAUCUGGUGUAUGUUGUCAACUAUCCGAAAGAUAACAAAAGAAAAAUGGAUGAGACAGAUGCUUCAUCAGCAGUGAAAGUGAAAAGAGCAGUCCAGAAAACAUCCGAUUUAAUAGUGUUGGGUCUCCCAUGGAAAACAACUGAACAGGACCUGAAAGAGUAUUUUAGUACCUUUGGAGAAGUUCUUAUGGUUCAGGUCAAGAAAGAUCUUAAGACUGGUCAUUCGAAGGGAUUUGGCUUUGUUCGUUUUACGGAAUAUGAAACACAGGUGAAAGUAAUGUCACAGCGACAUAUGAUAGAUGGACGAUGGUGUGACUGUAAACUUCCUAAUUCUAAGCAAAGCCAAGAUGAGCCUUUGAGAAGCAGAAAAGUGUUUGUGGGGCGCUGUACAGAGGACAUGACUGAGGAUGAGCUGCGGGAGUUCUUCUCUCAGUACGGGGAUGUGAUGGAUGUCUUCAUCCCCAAGCCAUUCAGGGCCUUUGCCUUUGUUACAUUUGCAGAUGAUCAGAUUGCGCAGUCUCUUUGUGGAGAGGACUUGAUCAUUAAAGGAAUCAGCGUUCAUAUAUCCAAUGCCGAACCUAAGCACAAUAGCAAUAGACAGUUAGAAAGAAGUGGAAGAUUUGGUGGUAAUCCAGGUGGCUUUGGGAAUCAGGGUGGAUUUGGUAAUAGCAGAGGGGGUGGAGCUGGUUUGGGAAACAAUCAAGGUAGUAAUAUGGGUGGUGGGAUGAACUUUGGUGCGUUCAGCAUUAAUCCAGCCAUGAUGGCUGCCGCCCAGGCAGCACUACAGAGCAGUUGGGGUAUGAUGGGCAUGUUAGCCAGCCAGCAGAACCAGUCAGGCCCAUCGGGUAAUAACCAAAGCCAAGGCAACAUGCAGAGGGAGCCAAACCAGGCCUUCGGUUCUGGAAAUAACUCUUAUAGUGGUUCUAAUUCUGGUGCAGCAAUUGGUUGGGGAUCAGCAUCAAAUGCAGGGUCGGGCAGUGGUUUUAAUGGAGGCUUUGGCUCAAGCAUGGAUUCUAAGUCUUCUGGCUGGGGAAUGUAGACAGUAGGGUUGUGGUUGGUUGGUAUAGAAUGGUGGGAAUUCAAAUUUUUCUAAACUCAUGGUAAGUAUAUUGUAAAAUACAUAUGUACUAAGAAUUUUCAAAAUUGUUUUGUUCAGUGUGGAGUAUAUUCAGCAGUAUUUUUGACAUUUUUCUUUAGAAAAAGGAAGAGCUAAAGGAAUUUUAUAAGUUUUGUUACAUGAAAGGUUGAAAUAUUGAGUGGUUGAAAGUGAACUGCUGUUUGCCUGAUUGGUAAACCAACACACUACAAUUGAUAUCAAAAGGUUUCUCCUGUAAUAUUUUAUCCCUGGACUUGUCAAGUGAAUUCUUUGCAUGUUCAAAACGGAAACCAUUGAUUAGAACUACAUUCUUUACCCCUUGUUUUAAUUUGAACCCCACCAUAUGGAUUUUUUUCCUUAAGAAAUCUCCUUUUAGGAGAUCAUGGUGUCACAGUGUUUGGUUCUUUUGUUUUGUUUUUUAACACUUGUCUCCCCUCAUAUGCAAAAGUACAAUAUGAAGCCUUCAUUUAAUCUCUGCAGUUCAUCUCAUUUCAAAUGUUUAUGGAAGAAGCACUUCAUUGAAAGUAGUGCUGUAAAUAUUCUGCCAUAGGAAUACUUCUGUCUACAUGCUUUCUCAUUCAAGAAUUCGUCAUCACGCAUCACAGGCCGCGUCUUUGACGGUGGGUGUCCCAUUUUUAUCCGCUACUCUUUAUUUCAUGGAGUCGUAUCAACGCUAUGAACGCAAGGCUGUGAUAUGGAACCAGAAGGCUGUCUGAACUUUUGAAACCUUGUGUGGGAUUGAUGGUGGUGCCGAGGCAUGAAAGGCUAGUAUGAGCGAGAAAAGGAGAGAGCGCGUGCAGAGACUUGGUGGUGCAUAAUGGAUAUUUUUUAACUUGGCGAGAUGUGUCUCUCAAUCCUGUGGCUUUGGUGAGAGCGUGUGCAGAGAGCAAUGAUAGCAAAUAAUGUACGAAUGUUUUUUGCAUUCAAAGGACAUCCACAUCUGUUGGAAGACUUUUAAGUGAGUUUUUGUUCUUAGAUAACCCACAUUAGUUGAAUGUGUUAAGUGAAAUGAUACUUGUACUCCCCCUACCCCUUUGUCAACUGCUGUGAAUGCUGUAUGGUGUGUGUUCUCUUCUGUUACUGAUAUGUAAGUGUGGCAAUGUGAACUGAAGCUGAUGGGCUGAGAACAUGGACUGAGCUUGUGGUGUGCUUUGCAGGAGGACUUGAAGCAGAGUUCACCAGUGAGCUCAGGUGUCUCAAAGAAGGGUGGAAGUUCUAAUGUCUGUUAGCUACCCAUAAGAAUGCUGUUUGCUGCAGUUCUGUGUCCUGUGCUUGGAUGCUUUUUAUAAGAGUUGUCAUUGUUGGAAAUUCUUAAAUAAAACUGAUUUAAAUAAUAUGUGUCUUUGUUUUGCAGCCCUGAAUGCAAAGAAUUCAUAGCAGUUAAUUCCCCUUUUUUGACCCUUUUGAGAUGGAACUUUCAUAAAGUUUCUUGGCAGUAGUUUAUUUUGCUUCAAAUAAACUUAUUUGAAAAGUUGUCUCAAGUCAAAUGGAUUCAUCACCUGUCAUGCAUUGACACCUGAUACCCAGACUUAAUUGGUAUUUGUUCUUGCAUUGGCCAAAGUGAAAAAUUUUUUUUUUCUUUUGAAAUCUAGUUUUGAAUAAGUCUGGGUGACCGCACCUAAAAUGGUAAGCAGUACCCUCCGGCUUUUUCUUAGUGCCUCUGUGCAUUUGGGUGAUGUUCUAUUUACAUGGCCUGUAUAAAUCUCCAUUGGGAAGUCAUGCCUUCUAAAAAGAUUCUUAUCUGGGGGAGUGGGAAAAAUGUUGAUUAUUUUCUAAUGCUUUGUAGCAAAGCAUAUCAAUUGAAAAGGGAAUAUCAGCACCUUCCUAGUUUGGGAUUUGAAAAGUGGAAUUAAUUGCAGUAGGGAUAAAGUAGAAGAAACCACAAAUUAUCUUGUGCCUGAAAUCCAUUAAGAGGCCUGAUAGCUUUAAGAAUUAGGGUGGGUUGUCUGUCUGGAAGUGUUAAGUGGAAUGGGCUUUGUCCUCCAGGAGGUGGGGGAAUGUGGUAACAUUUUGAAUAAAGUUGAAUAAAAUCGCUUACAAAACUCAGACUCUCACAAUGCAUUGUUAAGUAUGUAAAAGCAAUAACAUUGAUUCUCUGUUGUACUUUUUUGUAACUAAUUCUGUGAGAGUUGAGCUCAUUUUCUAGUUGGAAGAAUGUGACAUUUGUGUUGGUAGUUUACCUAAUGCCCUUACCUAAUUAGAUUAUGAUAAAUAGGUUUGUCAUUUUGCAAGUUACAUGUUUUAAACAUUUAUAAAUGAAGUCAUCCUUUAGACUUGUAAUCGCCACAUUGUUUCAUUAUUCAGUUUCCUCUGUAAAGGGAUCUUGAGUUGUUUAAAUUUUUUUUUUUCUGCAUCUAAAUCUGCAUGAUUUCCAAACCCUGUACCAUCUGAAUUUUGCAUUUUAGCACUUGCACUAUUACUCAGCAGCAGUAACAUGGUAACACUUAAAAUGGUACUCGGGGACCUCCAAAGACUAAACUGACAAGCCUUCAAGGAGCCCAGGGGUAAGUUAACUUGUCAACGGCAUGGUUUAAUCCCUUCUUUACACUUGUGUAAAUUUCAGUUACUGGUCAUAGAAGGCUUUCACUGUUGAGUAGCCUUUUAUUAACAUGUUUAUGGUACUGCAUAGAUACGGGUAUUUAUUUUACCCUACAAAGAUUUUGAAGUUUAAAAGUACUUAAACUAUUUGGCAAAGAUUUGUUUUUAAAAAUCUAUUUGGUCAUCUAAAUGCAUUCAUUCUAAAAAAUUUUUUGAACCAGUUAAAUAAAAUUUUUUUUUGACACCACA